UGUCCCCUGAGCCAUAUAAAAGAGAUCCGUCUGCCCCUGUUCAUCAGUCUCUCCCAGAUCAGCUACAUCAACAGAUCCACGAUGAGGUUUGUAGCUCUCGCACUGACGGUUUUGCUGGCAGGUUGCCAGGCCCGUUUCCUGCAGGAUGAAGCUCCAUCACAGCUGGAUCACGUGAAGUCGGUGCUGCAGGUUUAUGCAGAUAACGUGAAACAGGCCGCACAUAAGGGCCUCGAUCAUCUCGAUGACACAGAAUUCAAAGACUACAAAGUGUUCCUGGGCCAGUCCAUAGACAACAUCCACACCUAUUUUCAGCAUACCUUCCAAGCCCUCACUCCAAUCGCCACUCAGGCAAUUGAAGUCUCAGCCCCCAUGCGCGAGAAACUGAUGAAGGACAUCGAGGACCUCCGCAAGCAGCUCGAGCCCAAGCGCGAGGAGCUCAGGCAGGUGCUGGAGAAGCACUUCCAGGAGUACCACAACGAGCUCAAGCCUUUCCUCGAAGAGUACAUGACCAAACACCGCGAGCAGAUGGAAGAGCUGAAGACCAAGAUGGAGCCUGUGAUGAAGAACUUGAAGGAUAAAAUCGAGACCAACUGGGAGGAGACCAAGUCCAAGCUGGUGCCCAUCAUGGACAUUCUGCGUGAAAAGCUGACGGAGCAUCUCCAAGAGCUGAAGACUACGCUGGAGCCCUACAUUCAGGAAUACAAGGAACAGAUAGAGAAGGGCGUCCAGGAGUUCCGUGAGAGCGUGAAGUCUGGAGAACUGAGGAAAAAGAUGAACGACCUGGGUGAGCAGGUGAAGCCCCACUUCGAGGCCAUCAUUGCAGCCAUCCAGAAGGCUGCUAGCAAUUAAAACGAGAAAAACAAUCCUUUUUUACACCUCCCUUCUCUUCUUCCUCUCCACCUCGGCUUUUCUCAGUGCAUAGGGAACACAUACAACACACUCACAUGCACUCACAAAUUAACACAACUACAGGACUGGCUUUCAAACAGAAUAUCAGAACACUGAAACCUGUUUGAUUUAACAUCAUCAAAAUGUCUUUUUGUUAAAUGCUGAUUUCCAAUGUUCAAUAAAAAGAACUUUCAUACUA